UAUAUAUAAGCGGGCUGCCGUUAUUUACUAUAGUUGUUAGCAAAUCAGUGCGAAGUUGGUAUUGUUUCAUAAUGACUACGCUGUACUUUGUAUUGUUUCUGGCUGCGUUAGCGAGCGCGACUGCGCAUCCUAAUGUGGAAAGUAAAGUGAAGCGACAGGUGCUUGGUGGUGAAUCAUUGCAAGACCCAAAUGACCCGAAAUAUAAGAAAUUGGCGGAAGAAUCUUUUCAAAAGUACCGUGUGACUAACCCAGGCGGCCAAAUAGAUGUCAAAGACAUCAAAAUAACCAAAGUGACCCAACAAGUUGUUGCUGGCUUCAAGACGCGUAUUGAUUUCACUGUAACCCCUACCAAUGGAGACGUUAUAACGUGUCAUUCCGAGAUUUUAGAACAGGAUUGGCUAAACAAGAAAGAAAUUGACGUAAAUUGCAAUGUUAAUCAACAGAAAAGUACAGUGAAGAGACAAGUGCCUGGCGGUGCAGCAGUUCAAGACCCUAAUGACCCAAAAUACAAAGCAUUGGCGCAAGAAUCGUUUGAAAAGUACCGCACAACUAACCCUGGCGGGCAAAUAACUCUCAAAGAACUCAAAGUAACCAAAGUGACGACACAGGUAGUUGCUGGGAGUAUGACUCGUCUCGACUUCACUGUAACCCCUACCAAUGGUGAGGAUAUUACAUGCCAUUCCGAGGUUUGGGAACAGUCGUGGCUUAAUAAGAAGGAAAUUAAAGUAGACUGUAAUUUAAACAAAUCGCAAAGUAAAGUGAAGAGACAAAUUUCUGGCGGAGAAAUAGAGCAAGACCCAAAUACCGAAGAGUCCAAAAAAUUGGCACAAGAAUCGCUUGAGAAGUUUAGCGCGACCAAUCCUGGGGGACCAAUUAAAGCUAAGAAAAUCAAAGUAACAAAAGUAACAUCCCAGGUUGUAUCCGGUGUGAUUACUCGUCUUACAUUCACCGUGGAGCCUGAGAAUGGUGAAGAGUUUACAUGCCAUUCUGAGGUUUGGGAGCAGGACUGGCGGAAGAAAAAGGACAUUACUGUAACUUGUGCUUUGAAACGCUAGAAGAAUUAUGAAAUGCGAAACAUGUUUUCAUGUUUUUAUUGCGGACCUUACUUUUUGUAUUUUUCUGCAUUGUGAACCAUUAAGUAAAUAGUAAAACAUGUUAUUGUGUA